ACAACAUGUCUCAGCUGGAAACUGCAAUGGGAAUGAUCAUAGCUGUCUUUGACAACUAUGCAAGGACUGAUGGCAACAGGCAAACCCUCAGCAAAGCAGAACUAAAGAGCCUCCUGGAAAAGGAGUUCCCAAACUUCCUUGCGUCAGGGAAGGACAAGGAUGCUAUUGAUAGAGUCUUCAAGAACUUGGAUGAAAAUGGAGAUUCCCAAGUGGACUUCAAAGAAUUUGUCCUCUUUGUGGCAGCUCUGACUUGCUGCUGUCAUAAAUAUUUCGAGCAGAAUGCAGCCAAAUAGUUGUCAAACUGCUCACAGAAGCUGUCUUUGCCUGUGCUCCAUAUGCUAGUGGUAUGGAUCCCUUCACUCCUUCCAUGUACUGCCAUGAAGUUUGCAAGCAUGC